AUGGAUCCGCAGACGCAGAAUACUUCGUUGCAGCGACUCCAGAAUGUCGAGAGGCGAGUAGUUAGGGUUUUGGAAUUAGCAGGUGGAGUGAUGGAAGAACUCGCGAGCCCUUCUGGGCCUAAGAAAGAGUUCGUCAACAGUCAUUGCCGAGAGUUUAUGCAAUCGAUGAAGGAUAUUCAAGGGACACUGAGGGAAGAGAUCAAAAGUGCGUGCGAGUACCGUCCCUUUGAGAAGUGCGAUUACAGUGCAAGAAUAGCUAAUGAGAUCUGCUUCCAGAAGCUUGAAUAUGUUCUCACACAGCUCGAUGAUCUGAAACAAACCGCUGACCGAUAUCCUUCUUCCGAUUGA